CUCCAUUAGCAUCACAUACAGCCCGGCACUUCCCACUACUCCCAAUGUGCUACAAUUGAACAAAACAGAACAGCACUCUUUUUGCUUUUAAGUGUUAAGCAUGGAUAAAGAACGCUCUUCAACAAUUCUUGAUUCACUUAGCUAUUUAAGUGAUCAUGCUGGAUUUUAUGGUACUAUUAAAAACUCCUCUGCUGAUUUUGUUGUAACAGAAAUAAAUGUCAACGGACAGCUGGUUACAAAUGAUUGCGGAAAUAGAACUGAAGAAUUUAUAAAAACAAAUAAUGAUGGGGAUCACCAUAACAGAAAUCAAAAACAGAAAAUCAUUUCAAAAGAUGUUUGUGAUACAUCUGUAAUUGACAAUUCAACUUCUGGAACUGAGAGUGAUCCUAAUAACUAUUUAGAUAAUACUGUAAAUGAAAGUGAAACCCAAUCAGAUAAUUUACACAAUUGUCCGUUGAAUUUGGAUAUUCAAGAGUCAUUAAACCAUUUUGCAAGUUGUAUAAAAACUACAUGGAAAACUCAAGUAGAUGGAGAUUGUGCGCAAGAACUUUCUCUGGGCUUAUUUCCUGAUAAAAAUAAACGGGCAACUAUCCAUAGUGCUGUACGGCAGACAUUUCCUUUUCUUAUGACUGUCACUAAGUGCACAGAAGUUCUAAUAAAACCUAACCCUGAAUACCGAGAGCUUUGCCAACUGACAUCGGAAGAGGAAGCAGAUGAGUUUUUUAAAUUUCUAGAUGCUAAAACGGAGAAUUCCAGAUUUACAUUUCAGCCAGAUGACCGUAAAGAACACAGGACAGCAGUGCAUCAUUUUAUUAAUAAGAAAUUUGGGAAGUUAGUGGAAACCAAGUCAUUUUCUGAGAAGAACACUGACGGAUUUCAAAAUGUUUCAAUAACUGUUCGAUUUAGAGAGAAAUUGGGUUCCUCAAGGAAAAGGCAUAGAACGGAAGGUACUGAUCCUCACAAUGUGUACACUGCAUUUACCCUUCAAAAGGAGAACAUUGAGACCUUGGAUGCCAUUAGUUAUAUGUCCUCUGGACUUGGUGUGCUGCCUUCAGACUUCAGUUAUGCUGGAAUAAAAGAUAAAAAAGCGACUACUUACCAGGCUAUGGUUGUUAAAAAGGUCACCCCAACCAGGCUGCUACAAAUUGAAAGCUUUCUUGCAAAAAAAGGAAUGAAAAUUUACAACGUACAUUCUGUAAACCAGCCCCUGCGACUCGGUCAUUUGGCUGGAAAUCACUUCAGUAUUAUUGUGAGAGAUGUCAAAAAUCACAGCAAGGAUUCUUCAGCUAAUGUUAAAGAGAGAAUUUCAGAGGCCAUUGACAGCAUCAAGACUAAAGGAUUUAUAAACUAUUAUGGACCACAGAGAUUUGGGCAAAGGCUGAAUUGCCAGUCACAUGACAUUGGGUUGGCUUUACUAAAAGAAGAAAUGGAGACAUCUGUUAAGUUGCUCUUCUCACCAGACACCACAGAAGAUCCUGUAAAUAUUGCAAAGCAGUAUUUCCUAAAGACAGAGGAUGCUAAAGGAGCCCUUGCGUUAAUGCCUGAUUGUAAAAUCCGUGAGCGAAUGCUACUCCGUGCAUUAAAUAGAUAUGGAAUGAACCGCGAUGGAUGUAUACGGGGAUGGCUCAGUAUUCCUCAUUCUAUGCGUAUAUUUUAUGUCCAUGCAUACUGCAGCAAAAUCUGGAAUGAAGCUACUUCCUACAGGUUUUUAUGUUAUGGUGCAAAGGUUGUGGAAGGAGACUUGGUGCUGAGUGAUCAUAAUGCUGAUGAAAAAUCGUCGUUGACUGACAGAGUUCAUGUUGUUACAGCGGCUGAAGAGAGUGCAAACACGUAUUCUAUACAACAAGUAGUCCUUCCAAUGCUUGGACACAGUAUUAGAUAUCCUACAAAUAAGGUUGGCCAGUGGUAUGAGGAAACUCUUGCCACAGCUGGAUUGCAGACAUGCAAAUUUCGAGUUGGUGCAUUGCAACUUAACCUACCUGGAUGCUAUAGACAUAUUUUAAAGUUUCCUCGCAAUUUAUCUUAUGAAUUAACAUUGGAAAAUCCUACCAAAAGCGAAGAAAGAAUAAAUGCUGAAUUUGUAAGCACAUCAACACAAUGUAUGAGAGUGACAUUUGAGCUGGAUUUGUCCUGUUAUGCCACAGUUUGUCUUCGGGAAAUGAUGAAAUGUAACUUUUAAACCAGGGAGGCUAUUUAUUUAAUCGACUGUUGUUUACAUCAGACUAUGUAACAGUACUUUAGUUUAGUGAUAAAUUGAAAUAUAAUUAUGUUUUAAGAUGCCCAUUCUAAUAUUCAGCAAGUAGAAUUACAGAUUCUAAACAGUCACUGCUUCCAAAGAGUUUCUCAAAAUAGCUUGCAGCUGCUCAGUGACUGCACAGAUUUUUGCCCUAUUUUGUAAUCAGAAACGAUCUUACUAGGAAGGCUGUAAUACUAUGCACAAAGGGUGCGUCUCUCCUCCUGUCAUACAAUCGGUGUAAUCAUCACUGUAGAUUACUGUAUG